CAUACUUGAUCACAUACUUUCAUACAAGAAAAUUAGUGUGUAAAUUUCUCGUGGAAUCUGAUAUGGCUAAAUUUAACUCCCAGAUCAGUAUGCUAUUCAUUGUUGUAGCUCUGGUUUGUGCCUUUGUUCCAGUAUAUUCAGUCGAUGACAACGAAGCAAAAUCUUCAUGGGAUACUUGUCUUGUUAAAAUCUCCCCUAAGUGUGCCUUGGAUAUAAUCGCCGUUGUUUUUGGAAAUGCAACCAUCACGGAUUCUUGCUGCCACGAUCUUGUUCAAGAAGGAAAAUUGUGCCACGACACUCUCAUUAAAUAUAUUGCUGAUAGACCAGCCUUAAUUGCCCGUGAAUCACAAUAUUUGAAGAAGAGUGACGACUUGUGGGCUCAUUGUGUAACAAUUUUUAAAUCGGCUUAA